AUGCCGCGCUUUAGAUGUGCAGUGGAUGACAAUGAUAGGGCAACUGAGCUGCCCUUGUUCCGCGUGUGCGGAAGUGUGGAAGAAAAUCCUCACAUGAGAGCAUUUUGGGCCAGCAUCAUCUCCUUUCACUUAGCCUUCCUCGGAUGGUUUGCUUUGACACCGUUGGCAAUGCCAGUUGCUACAAGCAUGGGGAUCUGUGAAAACCAACUUUAUCCACCCAGUGAAUAUCCCAAGGAGCAGGCAUACUUGAACUACAAGAAUCUGCACAAUGGCUUGACCUAUUGCCGAUACGGUGUGGUGAGAGGUCCCAAUGGGAAAGCAAUCGAUUGUGAAGGUCCCAACACGACGGACCAUGUGGGAUCCAAUCUUUCGAUCUAUAGGCCUGAAGAACUGGCAUCAUGUGUUUGCACGAGUGGCACCGAAUGUCGACGUGUGAUUUCCCAAGGGAAUCUCGCUGCAGUGGCUUCGACCAUCUUGCUGCGGAUUUCGAUGGGGACUCUUCUGGAACGAUAUGGUCCAGUCAAUACGCAGUGUAGCUUGUUGCUCUUUGGGGCCAUUUGGCUUGCAAUGUCCGCUGCCAUCACUGCUCCCUGGAACUACACGCUGUUCCGCUUCUUCAUUGGGAUGGUUGGUGCUGCCUUUGUCACGAACCAGUUCUGGUGUUCCCUCAUGUUCGCACCGAAUGUGAUUGGCACGGCCAAUGCUACAGCAGCGGGUUGGGGCAACAUGGGCGGAGGGGUUUCACAAAUCUUUAUGACACUCCAAUUUGUUUGGAGAUGUUUUUCUUCUGUUUGGGCCUUGGUUUUAAGGACUGCCAUCCUCUUCCAACCUUUGGUGGACUCUGGGAUGUCAGAUGACACGGCCUGGCGCGUAUCGAUGUUCGUGCCCGCGUCCUUCUACAUCUUAUGCGCUGUGUGCCUGAAAUACCUUUGUUGGGACAUGCCAAGAGGGCGGCACUAUGACCCGGUCAUUACUGGGAAGAAAGAGCAACCUUCACUCUGGGACUAUUGGGACGUUCCGAAGGAUUUUCGCGUGGUGGUGAUGAUCUUUCAAUACUCAGCUUGUUUUGGCACCGAGCUUGUGAUGAAUAACUCUCUCACCACGCAUUUCACAUCCUAUUUUCAACUGGGUAUGACUGAGGCUUCCCUUCUUGCAAGCUCCUUCGGGCUGAUGAACAUUUUCGCCCGAUCUGCAGGAGGGAUUCUUAGUGAUCUAAUGUACAGAUCUUUCGGAUUCCCAGGCCGAAUCUGGGCACAGUUUCUCUCCUUGUUCCUUGAAGCGAUCUUCCUCUUCGGUUUCGGAUGUGUGGAUAACUCGAAUCCCUGGUUCGUGGCCCUCGCCGUGCUGGUGGGCUUUUCGCUCUUCGUGCAGAUGGCAGAAGGGACCAGCUAUGGGAUGGUACCAUUUCUGAAGAAGGAGCAGUUGGCGGUGGUCUCAGCCCUUGUGGGUGCAG